AAACCAUCUUUUUUUUCCCAUUAAAUCUCGUCCCAUCUCUCCAAUUUCUCCUUCUUCACCCCAAAAGGCCAAAAUUUCUUCAGAAAGAGAGAGAAAAUGUCACAAAUGCAGCGCAGGAAGGUAGAUUGGUCAUCACUCCCUGAAGAAUUGCUCGAAAAAAUCGGACAUUGCACAGGUUCGCGCCUCGAACGCCUCCGAUUUCGAUCAGUUUGCAGGAAAUGGCGAUCUUCACACUCUUACCCUGUAUCACCAUACCUCUUAUAUCCCACCCUCCCUAAAACAAUCCCAAUUUUCUCUUCCUCCAUUUUCCUCGAAUCAAAUCGCCUCGUUUACCUCGCGGGCAGUGCUCUUUACCUCAUCCAACCCCAUCAAGAUUCCGACCCUAGUAUCUCUUCCAAAUCUUGGAUUGUUUCAAUUGAGGAGUUAAACCGCCGUCGUUUUCGGGUUCGUUUUCCCCUUACGAAAAACCACAUCAAAGAUCUUCCCAACAAUUUCCCCAAAUCCCUCAAUAUUUCCAAUUUCAGAGCAACCCACAUCGGGGAAGGCCUUAAAUUGAGCUUCUCUAAUGGAAAUGAAGAUGUCUUCCGAUUUGAGGGUUUCCAACCUUGUUGUAAUUACCCAACAAAGAGUAAAGUAGUUCUGUUUUACGAUGAUGAUUCUCCCACUGAUGAUACUUGGUCUGUAAUGGUACUUUUGCUUAGCCAAGGUGGGAGUUUGGGUACUUUGAAGUUAGAUGGGCAGUGGAAUUUCAUUGAUCGUGGCCCUGGUUUUCAUUUCGAUGAUGUGAUAAGCUUGCGGCGAGGCGGGAAGCUUUGCGGUGUUGAUCGUGAAGGCACAGCUUAUCUCAUCGAUGGGAGUGAAAACAAGGUAAUUGAAACAAUGAGUGAGCCUCUUUGCACAAUACACACACAUUGUUAUGCAAGAGUUAGCCGUAAAUUAUUGGUAUUGAUUAGUGGUUCGGUGUUCAUGGUUGUUAGAAAAGAAAGUACAUUCGAGGUUUAUGUAUUGAUGGAAAGUGAACAUACAUGGAUUAAGAUGACUGAUAUUGGAGAUUGGAUUGUGUUCUUGACUUAUGAUAAUGCCUUUGCUGUUAAGGCUGAGAAAAUACCUGGAUGUAGGGGGAAUUGCAUUGUGUUCCCUAAGAACUUAUUUGCGCUCCAUUCUCGUGAGUUUUGUAAGGAUUAUAAGCUUUUUGAGGGAGUAAGCAAGUAUAGUGAGGUUGGUUUGUUCUAUUUGGAUGAGGAUCAUUGUCGUCUCUUAGAUACUGAACCGGACUUGUCUGAGUUGUUUUGGCCUCCUCCUUCGUGGCUUUCGCGGGGUUCAGAACCCCAACCAUGGGAUUCUGCGGAAGAUGAAGACAUGGAUGAUUCAUUCAGUGAUGUUGGUUCGAUGUUGGGAUCAGAGGAAGAGUUAUCUCCUUCCCUUUUGCAGCAUAUAGAGGAGGGAAUGGGAGCUGUUCAGGGUCAUUCUCAAUCUGCUAACCAAGGUGAAGGUGACGAAUCUCAACAAGAGAUUCCUGAUGAGAACAACAUUGGUUCUGCUCCAGACGAGAACAACAGUGGUUCAGUUCCAGUCAAUAGUAGUGAAAAUGAGUCAGCUGAGGAUGUUGCAUCAGAAGAAACGAGUAUAUUCGAAGCACUUGAAAUUAGGCCUGAUUUAAUCCCAGUGUUGCAGAAACUAUGGGAGAAGUAUGGAAAUAUAAUAGAAGAACAUGCAGUCUGUAGUAAUGGCCUUCUGACAUGGGGCUUAGAGUCUCUAGCAAAGAUGUUAGUUACUCUCCAAAACAACACGGCCACCUCCUUGAAUGAAUACCAAGCUGAUUACUUGAAAUCUACUCUAGUCGACCUCCAAUCGAUGAAUUUCAAAUUAGACUGGCUAAGUCCGUAUGUUGAAAGAGCUUUAGCCCUUCACAACAACAAGGAACAGGUCGAUACUAUGAUCGAGCUUGAGGCAACAAGAUCCAAGCUGCGUGCCGAGUUACAUGAGCUAGAAGUUAGAUUGAAGGAGAUUGUAGGUGAGGAGAUUGAGAAUGUGAUGGCUUCAACACCUUUAAUUCUAGAGAAUAGUUGUCCACUAUUUCUGCUUUAGGGUAUUCCCCAUCUUUAUAGGGUAGGGUUACUUAUGUUCACAGUUUAUCCCUAGAUUGCUUAACUAUGAAUUUAUGAUCUACUGCAUGUAUAUAAAUCUCCACUUUGUUGGAAUGUUGUUUUUACUUCUUUCAAUAACUAAAUCUAGUCCACUACAAUCUAAUUUACCAACAA